CGGGGGCACCUCACGCGCAUUUUCCGUUGAGGAAGACGUCUGACCAAAUUUGAGCUAACGUAGAUGGCUGACUGUCCGGCCUCGGAUAUGGAGUUACAUGAAGAAAACGUGAAACAGUUGGAGGAAUUUAGCAAGGACCUCGAGAAAAUGGUCGAGGUUAUGGAAAAUGUAUCAGUGCAGCUGACCUGGAUGGCGUAUGACAUGGUGGUGCUGCGCACGGCUCCAGAGGUAGGGGAAUCGCUCCGGAGACUGGAGGAGGAGUUUCUCCAGUGCAAGGCAGUCCUGGAGAGCACCUGCGUGGAGGCCCGCAGUAGGUCCAGCAGGAGUAACUGA